AUGGAAGUGCUUGGGGCCGGUGCAAGCGUGCUAGCAGUGAUCUCACUAGCCGCCCAACUCGGCGCAGGCGCCCACACCCUAAUCAAAUUCCUCCAAACAGUCUCAGACGCACCAACCGAGAUCCAACGCCUCGAAAGUCUCCUCGACCAGAUCUACGCGAUCGCAACAGGUGUCCCGAAAGCCCUCGAAUGCGAACGGAAACUCCACGGCGACAAACAUAUUCUAGCAGACAAUAUCCAUACGUCCCUACUGAAUUGCCACAAGAAAGUUCAGGGGAUUGAACGGAUUGUGGACCGAUUCAAAGAGACCGAGAAUGGGAGAAGUGUGGUCAGUCGGAAAUGGGCUUCGUUCAAGAUGGCAAUAAAGAAAGAGGAGGUGCUUGAACUUGAGAGGCAGCUUGGUCAGGCUGUUCUUACACUGAAUGUUGCCCUUACGACGCAUUCUCUAGCAUCACAGACUCAAAAUACGCUCCUUCUGGUUCAGAAGCUGGACUCGCUGCCUUCCACAGAUCAUCAGUCUGGAGUGGUUCAUCUCGGGUCAUCUUUGCCGUUGACUCAGGGGAAUACCUACGCUCCACAGAAUUACGACCAAACCAUGACUAAAUUGUCUCGGAGCGCAUUCUCAAGGACGCAUGAAUAUCAGGUGUCUGGACGCGACUUUGGCAUUCUCCGCAUUGAGAUUGAGAAGUCCAAGAAUACAGACUCAAGAGGCUAUCGGGGCUCUCAGUUUCAAUCAACAACUACAAAGACAAGAUAUUGCAUCUAUCCUUCGUUCUGGUUCUGGGCUGUGGAAGUUAUGACCUGCCAUUCUGGAAUGUCAAGUUCCAGAAUCAGCCUCAAAACUAUGCCAAGAAUCUCGCAGGAAAUGCGAGGACAAUGUGCAGAUACGUUGUAA